UUUUAAACCGUGGAUCCGGACCAGUGUUUCCCACAGGCCGGUUAACCGACUCUAUCGACGGCGGAAGCAGAGCAUUUUAAACCUGUGCACUGAUUUGUGGUUCUAACCUUGUUUUCCCGUUAGAAGCUGCUGUCUCAUCCUUACAACCGGAAACCGCGCUGACGUUUGAUGCGGAAGUAAACACAACACAAACUAGGCUCAGGUCGCAGUUGUUCUGCUCCAAAAUGUCGGUUUCAAACCCGAAACAGACUUUUUUAAACCCGGUGAUCCCCUUCGCCGGGACCAUCCUGGGUGGUUUGCAGCCGGGGGAGAUGGUUCUCAUUCAGGGCUCAGUGCCGUCUAACGCAGACAGGUUCCAGGUGGAUUUCACGUGUGGCAGCAGCGUGAAGCCGAGGGCUGACGUGGCGUUUCACUUCAACCCGAGGUUUCAGAGGUCACCGUGCAUCGUCUGCAACACGCUGCAGGGGGAGCGCUGGGGCAGAGAGGAGAUCCUGUACGAGAUGCCCUUCACCCCCGGGGGCACGUUCGAACUCAUCGUCCUCGUCCUGAAGGACAAGUUCAAGGUGGCUGUGAACGGAGCUCACUUGUUGGAGUAUAAACACAGACUGGAGCUGGAGCGAGUCGACACGCUCUUCAUGUCAGGGAAGGUCAAAGUUGACGCUGUGGGCGUCCUCCCCCCGAGCUCGAUUUCAGUUUCUCCUGCAGCCAGUUUGACCAACCAGGACUCAGAGAUGAACCCCAUAAUUUCCUCUUCAGGGAACUUGAGCGUUCCCUUCACAGGUGAGCUGGGUAAAGGACUGAGCGUCGGACGAAGUGUCACCAUCAAAGCAGAAACCAGUCACAGCUCACACAGUUUCUGUGUGAACCUUCGAGUCUCGGGCGGCGACAUCGCUCUGCACCUGAACCCUCGUCUGAAGCAACGAGCCUUCGUCAGAAACUCCUUCCUGUCCAAGUGCUGGGGCCCCGAGGAGACCGCUCUGGACUCCUUCCCCUUCACGGCCGGACAGUACUUUGAGAUGAUCGUCCUCUGCGACUCUCAGCAUUUCAGAGUUGCCGUUAACGGGCUCCACCUGCUGGACUACAGACACCGAGUCAAGGACCUGAGCCGGAUCAACCAGGUGGAGGUUCUGGGAGACGUCACGCUACUGGACAUCAAGAUGCUCUGAAGCCCUCGUUUUAUAGUCUGUGUUUGUAGAAGUGCUGCAGCAGUAAUAACCUGACGUCCUUUAUGUUUUACAAGAUUCAAACUGUUAAAAUCAGAAAUUUUAUGAAUGAGGCUGAACCAAGUUUCCAUCCAGAAAAACAUCGAGCUGUUAACUGAUGACUGAGUCUGUCUGAGACCAGUAAAAGAACCUAAUCUGGAGUCAGAGUCAUGUCUGUUACUGGCAGCACGGGAAACACACACACACACACACUGUACCUUUAACAACACAUUAUUAUUGUUAUUGUUAUUAUUUCCUGAUUAAGAUCAGAUUAUAGUGAUUUACUUGCAUUUCUGAACAGAACAAUUAGAUUUAGUGGUUGAAUAUCAUGCUUGAUUUUAUUUUUGGUUAUUAUGUAUGAAAAAGGACUGUUUAGUUGUUUUUGUUAUUUGCUGAAUAAACAACAACAUUUUUAGUUUUAAA